CUUUUUGGGAUGUUCUUUAGGAUCGCACUGGGAUCAACGGGAGUCCCUACACAAAGCGGACUGGUUAAAAAGCUAUCUUUGGGGUGUGAGGGGGGAAGAAAGUCACAGUGACUUUGAGUAGAUGUGGGACUCCGGAUUUCAUGCAUUGUGGGGGAGUUCUGUGCUUUAAAGCGAGACUGUGAUUAUGGGGAAAAGUAAGUAAAAUUCAAAGUAUUAGGUGGAUGCUUCCCCCGGCGAACACAAGGCCACACUUGUAACGCUCACCUCUGCUGAAUGUCACUUGAAAACAUCUCAGUAUGGUCCUCCACACAGUCCUCCGUGUGUGUCAAUGAGGACGCAUCUCUCAGUUGCUUCUUGUAUGAAAACUGCUUCUAAAGAGUUUCCCAGUUGGUCCACGGUAGAUGUACGGUCCUUCACACUCUGGAAUUUGUAUUAUGUUUAGAUUUUAAGAAUGGGUGCAAGUCACUCCAGGUGCUUUGAGAAAAAAAAUAUUAAGCUAUUAAAUGUUGCUUAUUAAUAAGGCUAGAGAGCUAUUUACCUCUCUCUUUUCUUACACCUUACCCUUCUUACACCGUGAUGAAUGUAAUGUUCAGAAACACCAGUCUACUUUUAAAAGAAAGCAAAGCUAGAGAAGGAAAGGACGGAAAGAGAAGCGGACUCCCCAGUGACAAGCGUCGGUGUCCCUUCGUGCCAAGGAGGUUUCAGCUGAGCAUGCUCAGACACAUGGGAGGCACCAGACUAUCAAAACUCCUUCUGAGAAGCAAGGACACGUCUACGAACUCAAUGCUGCAAAUCUACAGCUCUUUCCUCUGACACCGGACACCUCUCGAGCGCACACCGGCCGCAAUGUGGCUCCUACUUCAUGUCAUCCUUCUGACAGAGGUCAAAGAUUUUGCACUGGCUGACAGCAGUAUGGUGGCUCCUCUGUGCCCCAAAGGGUAUUUUCCCUGUGGGAAUCUCACCAAAUGCUUGCCCCGAGCCUUUCACUGCGAUGGUGUGGAUGAUUGCGGGAAUGGUGCCGACGAGGACAACUGUGUUCUCAGCCAGUAUCCACAGCACUGUUACUGCAGAGAAAAUGAACUGGAAUGUGUAAAGGCUGACUUAAAAGCUGUGCCAAAGGUUUCCAGCAACGUAACAUUACUAUCUCUUAAGAAAAACAAAAUCCACAGACUUCCAGUCAAGGUCUUCAGCAGAUACACAGAACUCAGAAAGAUAUACCUUCAGCACAACUGCAUCACACACAUCUCCAGGAGAGCAUUCCUUGGAUUACAUAAUCUACAAAUACUGUAUCUCAGCCAUAACUGCAUUACCUCUCUCAGGCCUGGGAUAUUCAAAGACUUGCAUCAGCUUGCUUGGCUAAUUUUAGAUGACAACCCGAUCACCAGAAUCUCACAGAAGUCCUUUAUGGGGUUAAACUCCUUGUUUUUCUUGUCCAUGGUGGGUAACCGGCUCGAGGCCCUUCCUGAAACAUUGUGUGCUCAGAUGCCUCAACUCAACUGGGUGGAUCUGGCAAACAAUGGAAUAAAGUACAUAACGAACUCCACCUUCCUAACGUGCGACUCGCUCACGGUUCUGUUUCUGCCUAGAAAUCAAAUUGGUUUUGUUCCAGAGAAGACAUUUUCUUCAUUAAAAAAUUUAGGAGAACUGGACCUGUCUAGCAAUAUGAUAACAAAACUCCCAGUCCACCUUUUCAGCGACCUUCAUCUUCUCCAGAAGCUGAACCUGUCAUCCAACCCUCUUCUGUAUGUCCACAAGAACCAGUUUGGAAGUCUCAAACAACUUCAGUCUCUAGACCUGGAAAGGAUAGAGAUUCCAAACAUAAGCACAGGAAUGUUCCAGCCAAUGAAGAACCUUUCUCACAUUUAUUUGAAAACCUUUCGAUACUGCUCCUAUGUCCCCCAUGUCCGAAUCUGUAUGCCGUCGACUGAUGGUAUUUCUUCGUCUGAGGACCUCUUGGCUAACGGUAUCCUCAGAGUGUCUGUCUGGGUUAUAGCUUUCAUUACCUGCGUUGGGAAUUUCCUUGUCAUAGCCGUGAGAUCUCUCAUUAAGGCUGAGAAUACAACUCACGCUAUGUCCAUCAAAAUCCUUUGUUGUGCCGAUUGCCUGAUGGGGGUGUACCUGUUCUCCGUGGGCGUCUUUGACAUCAAGUACCGAGGGCAGUAUCAGAAGUAUGCGCUGCUGUGGAUGGAGAGUGUGCCCUGCCGCCUGCUGGGCUUCCUGGCCACGCUGUCCACAGAGGUCUCGGUGCUGCUGCUGACAUUCCUGACGCUGGAGAAGUUCCUUGUCAUAGUAUUCCCUUUCAGCAACCUGCGCCUGGGCAAGCGCCAGACUGCUGUGGCCCUCGCCAGCAUCUGGGUGGUGGGAUUUCUCAUAGCGGCCGUUCCGUUCACCAGAGAGGAUUAUUUCGGCAACUUUUAUGGGAAAAAUGGAGUCUGCUUCCCACUUCAUUAUGACCAAGCAGAAGAUUUUGGAAGUAGAGGGUACUCCCUUGGGAUUUUCCUAGGUGUGAACUUGCUGGCUUUCCUCGUCAUCGUGAUUUCCUAUGUCACCAUGUUCUGCUCCAUUCAUAAAACAGCCCUUCAGACUGCAGAAGUGAGGAGCCACAUCGGGAAGGAGGUGGCUGUUGCAAACCGGUUCUUUUUUAUCGUGUUCUCUGAUGCCAUCUGCUGGAUCCCUGUGUUUGUCGUUAAGAUCCUGUCUCUCCUUCAAGUGGAGAUACCAGGCACAAUCACUUCCUGGAUCGUGGUUUUUUUCCUUCCGGUGAACAGCGCCUUAAACCCCAUCCUCUACACUCUGACGACCUCCUUUUUUAAGGACAAGUUGAAACAGUUGCUGCACAAACAUCGGAGGAAACCCAUCUUCAAAGUUAAGAAGAAAAGUUUAUCCGCUUCCAUUGUGUGGACAGACGAGUCUUCACUUAAACUUGGAGUGUUGAGCAAAAUAGCCCUUGGGGACAGUAUAAUGAAGCCGGUCUCCCCGUAGAGGCUUUGGAUUGCUGGACUUUGAGGGUACUACCUAAAACAAGGUACAAUUUGGGGAAGAUGGCAUCUGAGAAGGUUUCCAUCUUGGCCAGCAGCCACCCACUCAGCACCAGGGACACAAUGGAAUGGCUGUUGGCCCCUGCAUUCCGGUGGCAGCUCUAGGACCUGUGGACCAAGCUGAGAAUAGCAUCGCAUCCUUGCCGGCUCAGACCUGGCAUAUACAAGUGAAUCCAUGUAGACUGAUACAGGGUGGAUCUCCAGGCAGUCAGUACUGCCUGCCUAGCCCUGGAUGCCCACAUGUAGACACUGCCAUGGCUUCUCUUACACCGAGUUGCACUGUCUGUUAAGUAUGGGCAUCUAUGACAUCUUAUUCCAGUGUGACCACCAAGGCACAAAAUGAACAUCUUUGUCAUUGCUCUUUCAGUAGCGAAUGAAACCGUCAACAUCUUAUUGAUACUUUUGAGAGCUUCUGCAGGCUGCUGGAAUAGCAACUUUGACCGCAGUUCUUCGCACCACUUUAUCGUGACUAGCAUGACCAGACAAGCAGGAGACAUGCUGUGGGAGACUAGAGUCAGUCGCCUCUUGACCUCUAAGCUCAGAAAAGCUGAGAUCUUAGAUGAUUUUUUUCUAACAUCACCCACAGAGGAAAGGAAAUUGGAAACCCAAACUUUCCCCAAAGAUUAUAAUUCUCAAAUGCUUUAGAACAAUAUUUCUAUUUCUGGUCAGUUUUUUCUCUCUCUCUCUCAUUUAGCACAAAGAGUUAAAGGGAGAGUUAAAAUAUAACUCAGGACAGCGGGUCUGAUCUGGGGCCAUUUGUUUAGUUGCACAGAUCUCCCCAUCCCCACACAAAAACACCAGAAACUUUGGCUUCUUCUUCUUCUUUUUUUUUUUAAAGUGAAAAAUGUUUAUGAAGACUUGGACACUUUUAUCCUGAAGGUUUAAAAUUGUGGGGGGAAAAUACUAUGAAUAAAUUUAUAUUUUGCAUCUGUUUGUGUUACUUUAAGCUUGACAAACAAUGUGGGUAGGUUUGCUAACGGCUGAGCGCAUCUCCAGCCAUGGCUAGGGUACACACCAUGUCUCAUCAGACACGGCUGACAUUUCUGUUCUGUUGCCAAAGCAUGAAACAGUACGUGAAUUUCGUCACUACCUUUCCCUUCUUUCUGGGUUCCUUGAAGAGACAAAUGCAAGCAUCUAUCUAAGCACAUCAUGUCACCUUUUCCUACAGAGUAAAUGGAUGCUAUCCCUCUAUCCGGUAGCAUCCAGAAAACAAAACAAAUGAACAAAAACCUUAAAGUUGUCAGUUAUCCUAACACUGAAUAAAGUCAUAAAACAAGUCCCUCCAUUUAA